AUGGCGAGCGACGAGCCGACGAUGCGCGACUUCGCGGACCACGUGAUAUGGGGCAGCGCGGUCCGGGAGACGCACGAGUUCUGGGGCGACCCGGACACGAACGGCGGCAUCCGCGCGUCGAUCGAUAGGCCGCUCGGACGCCCCGAGGUGCGCGGCGGCCCUCCUACUCCUCCCCCUCCCUCGUCGCGUCGCGUUCGAAUUCGUCCCGCUCACGUUUCAUCGUUUUGUUCCCCUCGACAGAUGGAACGCCUGUCCGCGUACGGCGGGGCGCACGCCGCGAACGACGACGACCGCGGCGGCGGCGUGAACCUCUCCACGGACGAGCGCGCGUUCCUCUCCGCGCUCGGGCGCGACCGCGCGCUCGUGACCGACCGCGCGCGCAUGGCGUCCGUCGCGCGCGCGCUCGCGCUCGGCGGCGACGCGCCGACCCGACCGCGACUUCAUCAUCAUCAUCAUCGCGGCGGCGCGCGCCCGUCCACCGCCGCGGCGGCGCGCUCCGCGCCCGUCACGCCGGCGCGCCCGUCCACCUCCGCGGGGUGGUACGGUGACGGAAACGGAAACGACGACGGAAACGAGCUCAGCGCGCUGAGCCCGCUGCCGCGCGCGAGGAAAGACUUUCUGAGGAAAGGCGAGGGGCGGCGCGGCGACGGCGGCGGGACGGCGUCGGCGUCGGCGUCGGCGCGGUCCUCCCCGGCGGCGGCGGGCGGCGGGUCGAGGUCGAGGCGGCCGGCGACGGCGUCGGCGAACGCCGCGCGGAGGAGCGUGGAAGGGUCGCCGCUCCGGCCGAGGUCCGCGCGCGCGGUCACGUUCGCCCCGGGCGGCGGCGGCGGAGGAGGCGGCGGCGUUCGGAGGAGCGUCGAGCGUUUGAGCUCGACGACGACGACGACGCGACGUAUCGAACCGCCGCGCGCCGCGCUGAGAGCGUCAUCCCGCCGCGGGUUAAAAUUCGGCGGCCCCGGCGGCGGCGGCGGCGCCGGGAACGGCCGAAGAGGGCACUUCGACCCGCGCGCGUCGUGGGACUCGUGGGACGGAGGAGGAUCGCUUCGGUCCUCCGUCGACCGCGACCGCGAGAGAGAGAGAGACAGAGAAGAAACGGAGAAGGAAAAGGAGAACGACGACCGCGCGAGCCCGAGCCCGAUGAAGAAGAGCCCUCUGAAGAGCGCGAUGCGAAGAAGCCCCGCGUCGUCGCCGGCGGCGCCGCCGCCGCGGUCGACGUCGCCGACGCGGCCGACGCGUCGCGUCGACGCGGCGGCGGCGGCCGCGGCGAAGGAUCUCGCCGACGGCGGCGGCGGCGUCGGCGCGACGACGACGCGACUCAGCGCGGACGAGCGCGGGUUCUUACUGCAGCUCGCGAAGGAGCGCGCGCUCGUGAGCGACCGCGUGCGCGUCGCGGAGGCGCUGCAGACGAUGUCGUUGUCGCGCGCGCCGCCGUCCGACGCGAAUCCGAUCACGCGACAGCCAAUCAAGGAGCGGGGGGAUUCAGGAGCGACCAAUCGGAUGACGCCGGAGGAGAUCGCGAUGAAGUGGAAGGACACGGAGCGGCCGCACACGGCGUCCGCGUCGACGCCGUUGGUGCGGGCGCGGUGGCACCCGACGGGCGCGAAGAAGACGGCGGCGGUGACGAACUCUCCGCCCGGCGGCGGCUCCGUCGCCGCUCCGUCGACGCCGUCGGAGCGCGGCGCGCGGCCGACGACGGCGCCGGCGCGAGGCGAAGGCCGUCGCGCGCACGACGCGCGAUGGGACGACCCGGAGACGGACGCGGCGGUGAUCAAGCAGCGCUCGGAGGCGUCGUUUCGGAGGAUGAUCGAGCGGAGAGAGGAUACGCUCGAAGCCGUCGCGGAGGCGGAGCGGCGCGCGAUCGAGGUCGAGGAAGCCGCCGCGGCCGCGGUGGGGGAGGCUGAGGAGGAGCUGUCGCUGCGGCCGAGGUCGAAUUCCGCGACGCCGCCGGGCGGGAACUCGCCCGCGCCCGCCCCGGGGCCGAAGCACGGGCGGCGCGCGGUCGGGCGGCGACCGGCGCCGGCGGCGGCGGCGGAGCCGGCGUCGUCGUCGUCGCCGCCGCCGAGCGUCCGCGACUCGACGCGGGCGAAAGCGGGGAAAGCGCUCGCGGAGUGGGCGUUCGAGGAGAAGUGGCAGUGGGACUGGCAGCAGACCCUGGACGCGGAGCUGUCCCCCGGAGCGGCGCCGUUGCGAGCGUCGACGGUGGCGGAGACGAGGACGUAUCGAGACAGGCGAAUCGCGCGGCGGUUGGCGCGCGAGAGCAUCGACGCGGAGGCGGAGGAUGGGAGCGAGAAGAAGUCCGAGAUUGAGACCGAGACCGAGAGCGCGAGCGCGAGCGCGCCGCCGCCGGCGGCGGAGGCGCCGCCGUCGUCCACGGGCGCGAUCGUGUUCGACGACGACGACGUCAGCGAAGAGGAGCUCCCGCCGGAGACUUCAACGGCCGCCGCCGCCGCCGCCGCCGCCGCCGCAGAAAAAGACGCGGAGGACGACGACGACGACGCCGCGGAUAUCCCCACGGAGCUCAGCGACAGCGACGGCGACGGGAACGACGACGACUUGUUCACGAAGAUCAUACGUAGUGGGGGCACGCCGGAUAAGCGGCCGCGGCGGCCGUGGCCCGAGCAUCGAACGUCGCCGCUGCCCUUGCGCGUCGUCGACGUCGACGCGAUUCGCGAGGUGGAGAGUUUGCCGGCGGUGUAG